AAUCGAACUAACGGGAAAGAAAUAAAGAUUAAAAAAAAAGAACCAAACUACAGUUCCUCCAUAAAUCCAGCAGAGACAAAAGACAGUUGUGACCGUGACAUACACCGGGGAGUGAAAGGGGGGCGGUGUUUAGCGUCGGUCCGCUUUGUGCUUCAACUUCAGUUCCAUUCAAACGCUCCAGUUUCUAAGAUGAAAACCAAGUUCAUCAACGGGGUUUCUUCGUCGCCCUCCAUGUCGCUGGGUCUGCUGGUGACCGAGCACGCCCUGCACGUCCAGCCCGACGCGCGGGACGAGGAGGACGACGACGACGACCGCCGCAAGGAGGCGGCGUGCCCCGACCUGCCCGACCCGGACACCCGGCGCAGAGCCUACCUGUGGUGCCGCGAGUUCCUCCACGGCGCCUGGAAGAGUGUGGCCGAGCUCGACUUCCACUGCACCGUCAUCAGGGGUGGUCUGAGCAACAAGCUCUUCCUGUGCAGCCUCUCCGACAGCCUGGACACUGUCGGGGACGAGCCGCGGAGCAUCCUGCUGCGCCUCUAUGGGGCCAUCCUGCAGAUGUCCUGUAAUAAAGGGGAUUCCCAACAGUCAAACAAAGAGAAUCACUUACAAGGCGCAGAGGCCAUGGUGCUUGAGAGCGUGAUGUUUGCCAUCUUGGCCGAGAGGGAGUUGGGCCCUAAACUCUACGGGAUUUUCCCUCAGGGCCGCCUGGAGCAGUACGUCCCUAGUCGUAAACUGGACACGUGUGAGCUGAGCGACCCCAGCCUCUCGUCCGAGGUCGCGGAGAAGAUGGCCAAGUUCCACGGGAUGAGGAUGCCCUUCAACAAGGAGCCCAAGUGGCUGUUUGGCACCAUGGACAAGUACCUGAGUCAAGUCAUGAGAUUGAACUUCACCAGAGACUCACACCUGCGCUGCUUCAACCGCCUGCUCAGCUACAACCUGCCACAGGAAAUGGAUCUGCUCAAGUCGCUGCUGGAGUCGACCCCCUCUCCUGUGGUCUUCUGCCACAAUGACUGUCAAGAAGGGAACAUCCUGCUGCUGAACAACCACCAGAACUCAGACACGCAGCGUCUGAUGCUCAUCGAUUUUGAGUACAGCAGCUACAACUACAGGGGAUUUGACAUUGGCAACCAUUUCUGCGAGUGGAUGUACGACUACACCUGCGAGGAGUUUCCGUUCUUCAGAGUCGACGCGCAGGCCUACCCCUCCAAGGCCCAGCAGCUGCACUUCAUCGAGAACUACCUGCGCGAGUCCGACCGCGGGUUCGAGCGGCUGAGCGAAGACGAGCGGACGAAGCUGAAGCAGGAGAUGUACACCGAGGUGAACAGGUUCUCCCUGGCGUCGCACUUCUUUUGGGGCUUGUGGUCGAUCAUCCAGGCCCGACUCUCCACCAUCAAGUUUGGAUACCUGGAAUACGCCCAGGCCAGGUUCGACGCCUACUUCCAGCAGAAGAAGAUCUGGGCGGUGUAACGGGAGCGGGAGACGAUCGGGAUGGAUUGACAAACACGUUCAGCCUUGCGGCAAAGGAGGAAGAGGAGGACGAGGACGUACAGGCUGAUAAGAUUCCACGGUCCACACUUUACUCGCUCUCGGCUGCCCGGAGAGGACUCGCUGGCCUUUCUGGUUGCUGGCUGUUGUGCUUUCCAAAAGCCCAAAAAUCUCGAUCUCGUGGUUUAGGAACGCUUAAAGUACAGCCCCCCCCCCCCCCCCCCCCAGAAUCCAUUGCAGCUACAAAUUCACACCUAAAUUCGAGAGGCCAAAAAAGAAAGGUCAGAGCUGCUCUUCUGCUUCUGCCGUGUUUUGAACCAUAUCGCUAACACAAGAGGGGAAAAGGUGGAUUUUUUUGGGGGGUUACACUGUUACUGAUGGGCGAACUUGUUCGACAGGUCAGACCGUCUCUGACGCUACACUUCUACGUAUUACACACUUACACUUUAUUACUUUUCUUUUGUUUUAUUGUUUUUAUGUGGGAUUCUCUUCGGACCAGGGCAAAAUUCAGUUUACAUUUGUACUUCCAACACCUUUUCCAUGAAAGAGUUUUGCGGGCAGCUCCGCCAAAAUCCAAAUCAAAGAUAUCACACUUCAUCUCUUCCCAUUACAGUUAGGUCUCUUUGUGCGCUAACACUGGUGGGUUAUGGGUUAUUGGUGGGUGUCUGGUUAAUGGAUUGACUACACAUUCAGCCAAAAUGGCUAAAAGAAAUUCCAGCCAGUCAUGCUUUAUAUAUAUAUAUGAGCCUAGGAAAUCGUGGGUGAACUCUCUGGGAAACUAGGGAGUGAACUAACUAACUUUAAUUUGUUUUUUUUAAACUUUUUUUUUUGGAGCAUAUGCCUCCUGACACCUUGCCUCAUAAUCGUAUCCAUAACCCAGAUGCGCAUUUGAAGUUGUAGCUGGACUCUGUUAAAGGGGCAUUUAGUUUACCGUAUCUGUCAGUGACCCCAGGACCUGUACGUUGGACCGAGAGCUCGGUUCAGUGGCGUCACUCGCCUCGUCGCAAAAACCCAAACCGUCUGAAAAAAUGUGAGUUAGAAGAAAAACUGUGACUAGUUGGUCCUGCUGCUCCUCAUCCAGAACAUCCCGAGACCAGCCCUGUUCUACCUCGACCCGUCGGGUCGUUACACCAAACACUCAAGUAUUCACCAUCUACCGCUAACACCAGCGUUCACGUUGCGUUUGAACGCCACCUUGGUUUUGGCUGAAUUUUUCAAGUUUGUCGUCUUUUGUUCGGCACUUUUCACGUUUGGUGAAUUUUUUUUCGAGUGAGCAUUCCUGUUUUCACUGUGAGUAAGAAAUGCUGUGAAUGACUAUAUAACAACAUAUUCCAUGAUAGAAAUGGGUUGUCCACCUCUUUCCCAUAUCGGAGGGGAACAACGAGAGUAAAGUGGUGUCUGAAAAUUGCUCCCUGUGAACUACUAUAAAAUGUCUCAGAUUCAAGGGGGGCGGCCAUUUUGUGCUUUUGAAGCCAUUUUGAGCCACAGUCUCAUGAUUGUGAGAGAGGAGCCACAGUGUUGAUACAAAAGCUUGACCAACCGCGAGUCAGGUCUCAGCUGUCAAUCAUAACGCUUCACCCCGUUGAUGAACAUCUUUACUGUACUCGCUGUCAUGUUGUACAUCUUUUCAAUGCAGUCUAUGGUAUAUAUAGUACACUACUUUUUGCUGGCAUAUCCCCACAAUGCAAUGCUCUGCAUUUUUUACCAGAUGCUAAAAUGACCACUGUGCAUCCCCUCAUCUGUCGGUGGCGACGCAACAAGACGUAUAGAUAAGAAAGGAGUCCCGUACGCGUGCCAAGACUGGGAAACUUGUGGAAAUUCCGAGUUUUGAAAUCUAAAUUAACGGCUUGAUGUUGAGUGAACUGACACGUACAACAGUACGGUGGGAAGUGGAACAGGCGGGUUAUUUUCCAACACGUAACCUAAAAUGUAACUUUCACUUGCCCUAACCCGCUAACUUAACUGUUGCUUUGCCUGUCAAGCUUCUCCACUCUCAAACAGCACAUGUAGCACUUUAUAAAGAAGACCAAGCAAACGCACGCCUCAAAGUUCCUACGUAUUUUUCUAAAAACCAACGGACCCUUAAUUUCGGACGCCAAAAACAAAUGUCGACGGCACUUUUUUCUCAGCGGUGGCUAGCUCGCUAAUUAAUGCUAAUGCUGGCGCCGCGAGUUUUUUGGGACUCGUUAAUGUUCUUCCUGCUUUGAUGAGCGAAACAUCUGACGGACAAAACAAACGUCAACGGCACUUUUUUUCUCAGCGGUGGCUAGCUAGCGGUUUAAGCUAAUGCUAGCGCCGCGAGUUUUCCAUCCAAGUUUUUUUCUUAAAAUAUGAACUUAAUGGCUUCAUACGUGAUAAGAGAGUUAGCAUAAUCAGGGUAUGGGAUGAUUGACGUGCCACACUCCUCUCAGUGCAUGGCUAACAUUUAUCCUCUCGUGUAUUUUGGGGGGGGGUUUUGAAAAAGAGAAAAACAACAGAAUUCUCCAAAUGCUCCAAAGACCAUAUUGUUGUUGUCACCACAACCCCGUGAAUAUCACCAGGAAGCCAAAAGCGCGACGGGCCUGCGAGUGCUUUAGUUACAGUUGGAUUGGACAAUCACUGUUUUGGGGGGCGGAGGAGUUUUAGCGAAAGUCAACUCAACGUCUCCACGAGCGAGCGAUUUUAAUGCUAAGCAACCUUCUCUAUGAAGUAUUAAUGAAAAACAGUUCCAUAGACUCUUUUUCUCUUAUUCUAUAAGCUGUGCAAAUCCAUCAUUCUCAUUCCUGUGAUGUUUUACACGUCGGGAAAUAGUUUCCCUGUUUACCUGCGAGUCACCUGAAUGUUUUACAGUGUACACAGAUCGUGACACUGAAACGAUCACGGCACCAGUCGUCUGAUGUACUGGAACCACCCAGAGGCGUUUGAAUGUCUACUGUGGCACUUUUGAUCUGGAGAGCGCAAAAAGUCAAAAGCAAAAACAUUAAAAAAAAAAAUAUACAUAUGUAUAAAACAAUAUGUACUUGGGUAUUUUCAUGUUUAAACACCAGGAGGUUGAUGAACUGUGACUUUGUUGAGACGUUAGUUUUUAUUUUACAUUAUCAAAUGUGCAUGAUUGUAUAUUCAUCUUUAUAUUUCUUUUGGAAUGUGAUUAAUGUUUAGUUUUGUCUUUUUAAUUUUUUCUGAUGUUUCCACUUUAUGAUAGAGCUGUUAAAAUUGUUACUGGUCCAUCAAGUCCUUAUUUUAGUUCAGCAGCUCGUUUCUUCACCUAACCUGAAUUUGUAUUUUUCUUAUUCAGAAGUUUAUUUUGGAAAUGUCGCCCUGACCUUUUUGCUGGAUGCUAUUUUCCAUCUGAAUAUAAUUAUUAUUUUUUUCAUAAUUAAAAAAAAAUAGUGUGAUAGAAAAAGUGGACACCAUGAUCUGCUGUCAUAGUACAUUCCAUACGUGUGACCUAACUUUACAUUUCACGUACAUUUUAGACCAAAAUAGCUAAAAAUGUUGAUUUAAUUGUUUCUCCCGAUAAAAGAUUUAAAUUCGUCCCCAGUGGAGAACAAACUCAUUUUCGUCCGUUUGAACUUGUCAUGUAAUGUAUUGUAAUUAUUCACGAGUAAAAACAUAUAAUCAUGUUAAAAAAAAUAAUAAUCCAAGUAUAAAGAAACACAAACUUGCACCGUAUCAUUCUUGAGAUUGUACAUUGUUCUGAUGUAACACACUUGUGUUCUGUGAUAGCAGCCUUUACUAUAUUAUCAUGUGGCACACGGCGAUGACCUUCGCUAUCUAUGCAGCUUUACUGAAUGCAUACAGUAUUAAAAAAAACUACAUUUGUAAUUGAAUGUGUUUCGGGUUAAUAACAUAGAAAUGAUCUUGGCUGUAAAUUUACUUUUCUGCUUUGCACAAAUAAAAAAUAAAGACAAAGUAACUGA